CACUCAUUGGAGCACAGCUGCUGCUUGGAGUGAAAAUGCCUAUCUUCCACACCAAGAGUUUGAUUUUGGUUUCUCUGCUGGGGCUGCUGUUGCUGCUGCUGUGCAGUACCUCCCAGGCACAAAGCAACCAAGAUUGCUGUCUGUCAUAUACCAAAGCCCGUCUGCCUCGGAAGGUCAUUAAGGGCUUUACUGAACAGCUCUCUGGUGAAGUCUGUGAUAUUGAUGCCAUCAUUUUUCACACCAACAAGGGACUGAAAGCCUGUGUAAAUCCUAAGGAAGACUGGGUGAAGAAGCAUCUUCUUUUCCUGAGCCAGAAGCUCAAGAGGAUGUCAAUGUGAUACAGUUUCCAGCAGGGAACUAAACGCAGAUGUGGCUGAAGAACCACUGGGUUCAACCUUUUGGUUGAUGUUGUCAUGUUGUACACUGUUGUGUGCUUACUCACCACUAUCUCUGGCUUCUUUGGAACCGUUGAACUUCUGGCGUUGAUUCAUAUUGCAUCGCUGUUUUGCUUGAAUUAAGCAUUCUGUUGAAGUUUCUGGGUUUACUUAUACGACACGAUUACUAUUUAGUAAAGACUUCAUUAAGCUAUUGUACAGAGCAUGAAUUGUAUUAGGCUUAUUGCAUAGUACUGUUAUGUUGCUCGGCAUUUGUAAAUCUUUGUAAAGGUUAUUUAUUCUGUUUAUUUUUUUACUUCUUGGCACUAUCUUGUGCCAGAAUUUUCCUUUUAACUGGAGUUAGCAUGAUAGUACCUUUUAGGCUAUUGUUUUAAAAAGUGCUUGUGGGGAAA